CGACGAAGAAGCAGAAGAAGAACGAGCACCCGCGACGGUCACCGUUACAGUCGCAGCCGAAACAUGGCGUCGCAGCAAGAAUCUCUUCAGGAAGCCCGGGAGGAGCACGAGGCCGCCCACGAACGCCCCGUCCUAGAGGUGACUCCUGACAGGACUGAACUGAGGGCUGUUGGCAGUGCUGUCAUCAAACCAGCGUCGGAGCCUUGCCGGCAGCAAUUUGGUGCACCGGCACCCAUCAACACUCCCUCUCCGAGCUCGUGGAUUCCGUGCAUGCCACGGACCUGUUCGACUGCACGUACCCAACACGAAGUCGGGCAUUGCAGCGAAACACAGCACUCCUCCCCUUCUGUCGGCAGCUCUUUGCCAUGUGGCAGGCUCGGUGAGGUUUUUUAA